CGGUGGUGACUUUAUUUACGAUUGUUCCUAAUUAUGUUAUCUGUGUAUAGUUUUAGGUGUAGAAAUAAUAAUGAACUUCUUUAUAUCGUGUAAAAAUGUGUACUAUUUGAAAUAUAAUCGAAAAGGAAAUGAGAUUUAAAUAUGGAUAGAGAUAACGAAGUAAAUACAAAUAGUAAUUCAUUACUGGAAAAUGAUGAUAUUGAUCCGUCCGAUUAUUUAUUUUAUGUUAUUAAAAAUCGCCCGGGCUUAUCAAGAAGGCGAUCCAGUUUGCAGAGUUGGCAGCAACGACACAGAAUCAAAAUAGUUCGUCGUCUAGUAAGGAAAAGUGGGAAAUCGUCAAUUCAUCAGAAAAGUUCGAAAGAAAGAUCUUUCAGAUUUCUUCUGGAUUUAUCUAAUACACUCAUAGAAAGUUCUUGGAUAUGGACUUUUCUAGUUGUGUCGUUUAUUUUCACGUUGACAUGGUUCAUGUUUGCCGGAUUUUGGGCAAUAAUUUCCAUUGAAAACGUCGAUGCUUGGAAUGGGACUAGUGACUCUUGUCUGAAAGGUAUUGACAGCUUCUCUGGAUACCUUCUCUUCAGUAUAGAAACUCAAACUACAAUAGGAUAUGGUGGUCGUUAUAUUAAUGAGUAUUGUCCAGAAGCUAUUAUUGGACUCAUUAUACAGCUAAUAAUUGGUGCGGGCGUUUGUGGAAGUCUCAUUUGUAUUGUUUUUUUAAAGAUGGUAGCUCCAGUGAAAAAUCGUCAUUCUAUGGUGUGCUUCAGCAAAAAAGCAGUGAUAUGUCAGAGAGAUGGAGAAUUAUGUUUAAUAUUCCGAGUGAGAGAUUACGACAUGCGGUACGAAUGCCAUACGAAAAUUGUGGCCUAUCUUGUCAAGGAACGAGGAGGGGAACUAUCGCUCAAGGUGCUCAAACUCGAACCGACUGGAAUACUAAUCUGGCCCGUCGAAGUGAUUCACAAGAUUGACGAAACCAGUCCAUUUUGGGAUCUUUCAGCUAAAGACCUUAUCUUAAAAAGGUUCGAGAUAAUCGUAGUCCUAGAAGGUGAAUGCCUAUCCACAUCGUACAUGUCAAGAUCAACCACAUCUUACCUCAGUAGAGAAAUAAAAUGGGGCUACAAGUUCACACCGUGCACAACAUGGAAUACUGUGAAAAGAACUUACGUUGUUGAUCAUAAAUUGUUUAAUAAUACUGAAGAAGUCGUUACGGCUUUGUGUAGUGCGCAGAGACUCGUGCAAGUUUAUGAUGAUAUCGUUUCGGAUACUUUGUCUCCAUAUAAUGGAAGUGUUUUUGGUAGCUCGAAAUACUCUAGUCCAACUAUAAUGAGCCCAAUGCCUACAACUAAUUUACAUAACAAAUCAAAUAUUUCUAAUGUAGACGAACUUGAUGUAGAUACUUCAUCAGAAGAUGAAAUUAAUAGCACUCGAGCAGAAAUCCAUUACAAACCGAAUAAAAGUGAAAAAAGCGACUCUUCGUCUUCGGCUGAAGAAUAUUCUACUUUCAUGGAUUUAAGUGUAGAAUCUUUAGAUCAACUUAGAAAAAAGAAAAAGGUUUCUGUACAAGUAAGAAGUAAGUUGGAAAGUGGGAGUGAUUCUCGUCCAAGAACAUUGAGCGGCACUGCCAAGGAUUUUAUAUCUAGUAUACAGAGAUAUGUAGGGACGAGUAAAAAUAGGGGUAGCAGGAAGUAUGAGGAGACCUCGUUUUAAAUACAAACUAAUAAUUAUAUAUAUAUUAGUUCGGGAAGAAACGAAAAAUAUAAAUAUGCAACAAUCAACAACUAUUCGGUCCCUUUUCAUAUAAUAAAUGUAUAAUAUUCAUAAUAGGGUUUAAAUGCACUUAUAUAUGUAUGUACAGUGUCAUUACUUAAGUGUGCAACAUAUGGAUUUUUUUUUAGUAAUAGCACAAUCAAAAUACAAACAAGGUCAAAAGUUGGUGCAUGUCUAAUAAUCAUAUUAGGUGCACUUAGAAUGGUUGCAAGUCAAACAGCAUACAGGGUAGCUCAAAAAAUAUCAAAAUUGUAGUAAUAUUUACUUGAAUAAAAUGAAACUUUUGCACUUUAAGGAGAGUUUUUUCAAUAUGGCUAUUAUCAUUAGUAAUGUUUUAACUUGUUAAAAAAAAAUUGCGACAUUUUAAAGUUCUGUUGAAUAUCAUUGCAACAAACAUGAAUUUUGUGAUUCCAUAAAAAAUUAAAAAUCUGAGUUAACUUUACAAAUAUACUUGAAUUUGAACAAAGUUAUGUAAAAGUGAUUUGAUUUUAAUUAGUUUUUGAAAGUAUUAAGGGCGGAAAUAAAAAUUAAAAAAAUUAUAGAUUUUUUUCGAAUAAAAAUAAAAAAAAUCUUAGGAGGCUAUGUUCUGGUACUUAGGCAUAACUUUUAAUUCCAAACAACUUUUCUCUAUAACAUUUCGCUGAAUUUUCUAAAAUAAGGGUACUUUCCAGUACAGAUCUGAUAUUGUUUGAGCUACCCUGUAUGCUGUUUGACUUGCAACCAUUCUAAGUGCACCUAAUAUGAUUAUCAGACAUGCACCAACUUUUGGCCUUGUUUGUAUUUGGGUUGUGCUAUUACUAAAAGAAAAUCCCAUAUGUUGCACACUUAAAAAAUCACACUGUAUAUUUAGCGAAAGUUAUUGCUUAUUCAGAUCAAUGAUAAAUAGUAGGUAUAGUUUGAGUAUAUACUGUUGUUAACAUUGGUUAUUUAUAAUGGAAAUUGCAUUGUGUGAUAAAUAAAAUUUUUGUUUUUA